CACACCUCUACUCUUCUUCUUCUUCCUCCUCCUCGUCGCAGCGCGGCAUUGCCGUCACGAGCUAAUCGUGCUUCAAUUCUAGCUACCUGAAGCAAUUAAUCACGACUGUAACAAGUGACCAUACUCAGCGGCACCUUGCACGUUAGCUAGACUAGCACAUGUCUCCAAUGGCGCUUCAGGCAUCGACGCCUUCCGCGUUCCGCGCUGUCCCGGCCAUCGCCCACGCCUCUUGCCGGCGUCAGGUGCGCGCCAGCGCGGCGGCCCCGAGCGCAGGCGGCAGCAGCAGCAGCAGCAAUGGCGACGGAAAGGUGAUUCGGAAGGAGCUGUCCACGGGCGCGUGGAAGAUCGACUUCUCCGGAGAGAAGCCGACGACGCCGCUGCUUGACACCGUCAACUACCCCGUCCACAUGAAGAACCUCUCCACCUCGGAGCUGGAGCAGCUAGCGGCGGAGCUCCGCAAGGAGAUCGUGCACACGGUGUCCAAGACCGGCGGUCACCUGAGCUCGAGCCUAGGCGUGGUGGAGCUUGCCGUGGCGCUGCAUCACGUGUUCGACACGCCGGAGGACAAGAUCAUCUGGGACGUGGGGCAUCAGGCGUACCCGCACAAGAUCCUGACGGGGCGGCGGUCGCGGAUGCACACCAUCCGGCAGACCUCCGGGCUGGCGGGCUUCCCGAAGCGCGACGAGAGCGCGCACGACGCGUUCGGGGCCGGACACAGCUCCACCAGCAUCUCGGCAGCGCUGGGCAUGGCCGUGGCGCGCGACCUCCUGGGCCGCAAGAACCACGUCAUCUCCGUCAUCGGCGACGGUGCCAUGACCGCCGGCCAGGCCUACGAGGCCAUGAACAACUCCGGCUACCUCGACGCCAACAUGAUCAUCGUGCUCAACGACAACAAGCAGGUGUCCCUCCCCACCGCCACCCUCGACGGGCCCUCCAAGCCCGUCGGCGCGCUCAGCCGGGCACUCACCAAGCUCCAGUCCAGCACCAAGCUCCGCCGCCUCCGCGAGGCCGCCAAGUCCUUCACCAAGCAGAUCGGCGGGCAGACGCACGAGGUCGCCGCCAAGGUGGACGAGUACGCGCGCGGCAUGAUCAGCGCCUCGGGCUCGUCGCUGUUCGAGGAGCUCGGGCUCUACUACAUCGGCCCCGUCGACGGCCACAACGUGGAGGACCUCGUCACCAUCUUCGAGAAGGUGAAGUCGAUGCCGGCUUCGGGGCCCGUGCUCAUCCACAUCGUGACGGAGAAGGGGAAGGGGUACCCGCCGGCGGAGGCGGCGGCGGACAGGAUGCACGGCGUGGUCCGGUUCGACCCGUCGACGGGGAAGCAGUUCAAGGCAAAGGCCCCAACGCUGUCGUACACGCAGUACUUCGCUGAGUCGCUGAUCCAGGAGGCGGAGGCUGACAACAAGGUGGUGGCCAUCCACGCGGCCAUGGGCGGCGGCACGGGGCUCAACUACUUCCAGAAGCGGUUCCCGGACCGGUGCUUCGACGUGGGCAUCGCGGAGCAGCACGCGGUGACGUUCGCCGCGGGCCUCGCCGCCGAGGGGCUCAAGCCGUUCUGCGCCAUCUACUCAUCCUUCCUGCAGCGCGGCUACGACCAAGUGGUGCACGACGUCGACCUGCAGCGGCUGCCGGUGCGCUUCGCGCUCGACCGCGCGGGGCUCGUCGGCGCCGACGGGCCCACGCACUGCGGCGCCUUCGACGUCACCUACAUGGCCUGCCUCCCCAACAUGGUGGUCAUGGCGCCCGCCGACGAGGCCGAGCUCAUGCACAUGGUCGCCACCGCUGCCGCCAUCGACGACCGCCCCAGCUGCCUCCGCUUCCCGCGCGGCAAUGGCAUUGGCGCCGUCCUCCCGCCCGGCAACAAGGGCACGCCCCUCCAGAUCGGCAAGGGCAGGGUGCUCGUCGGCGGCACCCGGGUGGCUCUCCUCGGGUACGGCACGAUGGUGCAGGCGUGCCUUAAGGCGGCGGAGGCGCUCAAGGAGCAUGACAUCUAUGUGACCGUCGCCGACGCCCGGUUCUGUAAGCCGCUCGACACAGAGCUCAUCCGGGAGCUCGCCGCCGAGCACGAGGUGCUCAUCACCGCCGAGGAGGGCUCCAUCGGAGGGUUCGGCUCCCACGUUGCCCAAUACCUCAGCCUCAGCGGUCUCCUCGACGGGCCUCUCAAACUGAGAUCCAUGUUCCUGCCGGACAGGUACAUCGACCACGGCGCACCCCAGGACCAGAUCGAGGAGGCAGGGCUGACGCCGAGGCACAUCGCCGCCACGGUGCUGUCCCUGCUGGGGAGGCCAUUGGAGGCCCUGCAGCUCCAGUGAAUCAUCCAUCAUUCAUUCAUCAUCACCUUGCACUACACAUCAUCAACAACAGAUAAAUAAAGCCAAGGAAGGAGAUCAUGCAUGUCCCUGAUGUCCCUGACCUAGUUAACCACAGUCACAUUCUCUAAUGGAUCUGCAGGCAGUAAGCUAGCUAGCAGCCUAGUACUAGGUAGAAGAAGAUGCCAAGCCCAUGUGUGUAUGUGAUUCUUGGCAUGUUCCAAUGCUUCCAAAUGCAAGAGUAUCGCACAAGGUGGUGAAGUGAGGACAUGGCCUUUGCUUUGCUUGCUUGAUUCCCAGAGCAGAGCAGAGCAGGUGGAUGUCCUCCUCUGAGCUGAUCUUGUCAGUGACGUAGGCAUGCAUGUUCGUUUGUUAGUUUUGUAUAGAUGAGGUGACAAGCAUACAAAAAAAGAUCAUGCAAUACUCAGUGUUCUAUAUAGCAUAAACAAAGAAGAAAGAUGUGGAUGA